ACGUGUGCGAUUUUAAAUCUUUGUUAUUGCAAAGAUAAUAUUAACUAUUUCUUGCCUAUAUGUGGUUUAAAGUCCGUGAGUGAAGAAACCCAUAAAUCUCAAAACCAAUGCGUUUCUGCACCUACUGCUGCACGCAUCGUUUCGCUUUCAUCAUGUUUGGACUUUGUAUAAGAAGUCGUGCCAGUGUGCUUUUCGUUAUCGAUAUCUUUAUUCUCAAAGUUAUCAGCGGCGCGAGGUCCGCGGGACGGGAGCGCGCCUCGCGCCUGUCUCGCGCGGUCGAGCGCACCAGCCUGUUAUUUCACGCCUGAAGCCCAGAGUCGGCGAAGAUGGCGAUGUGUGCGGCGCUCCGACGCGUUUCGGCAAACUUCUCGGCCGCGUUGCCCCUGCUCCCGAGACCCGCGCGUCCCUGGACCUGCCCGACUUCGCCGAGACCCAACUUUUUAAGGACGCUUUACGCGAGCUCGCGGCUCUCGGGAGCUCUGAAGUUCACAGACAAACACGAGUGGGUGCGAGUGGAGGGCAACGUGGGCACGGUCGGCAUCAGCAACUUUGCUCAGGAAGCGUUAGGUGAUGUGGUAUACUGUGGGCUUCCAGAAGUGGGAACAAAGCUUGAACAAAUGGAUGAGUUUGGUGCUUUGGAAAGCGUCAAAGCUGCUAGCGAGUUGUAUUCUCCCCUGACCGGAGAGGUGACCGAAAUUAACACACAUCUGUCCGAUAACCCGGGACUAGUAAAUAAAGCCUGCUAUGAAGACGGAUGGUUAAUUAAGAUGACCAUAGAGAAACCUGCAGAACUUGAUGAACUCAUGGAUGAAGCUGCUUACGAAAAAUUCAUCAAAUCCCUCGAUUCAUAAAGGUGUUGGGACCUGCGUUGUUUAUCAUCGAUCAUUCAGAGCCUUUUCACAGUGGCUACUUUAAAGCUGGUGGUAGAGUUAGCGCUAAUACAGUUCUUCGAAAUCUAUUUAUUUUGAUUUUUGUAAUUUUCUUUUCCACCAAAAUAAUCUGUUUGUAAUGUGCUAGUUUAACAAACUCUUGCGUUUUGGAGUCAGAAGCCAAAUAUUUCAAGGGCUUUUUGGAUACAGUUCGAGGUGCUUUACGAGGACUCAAACAAAGAGAGAGCUGGUUCUGCUGAUUGUCUUAAAAAUAGUAUAUUUGUCGAUAUAACGUGUAUGUGAUUGUUGAGGUAAUGUGACAUGCAAUAAAAUCAGAAUUGUAACAUUGUGA